GCGGGGUUCCACCGGGACUAGCAUAACUACGGAUACACGAACACGAACGUCAACUAUCCACAGUAAAACAAGGACUAUGCAACUAUACGGAUACGCUAGGUGCCAGGCUAGGUAGUGUUGCCCCGCCUAGUUGCCUAUCUGAAGCUUAUGGGCGAUAGUUAGCGAAGCCAACACUCCCGACCAGCCUGUGAGACUGACAAGGACAAAGAUAGCGCAGCUGGCCUUUGCAAGAGAGCGUCGCCUUUGUCUUUCUAUGAAGCAACCCAUCACACCGUUGAUUCGGGUCUCCUUGCAUCCAAGAACCAGCACCGCACUGUCCCGCAUAACUGCUUAUCGGAGUGCACACCCCACGCACACCCCAAGCCUCGGCCCAAUCCGACGACUCAGGCGCCUCGCAACAUCCAAAAAAAAGUUGCAGCCUCGUGCAUCGCUGGCGCUCGCAGGCAACAGCGACCACCGCGCGCCGCUCGAGAAUUUCCAUUCCGCUCCCGCUCUUCGCACGCAGGUCGCAACCGCGAUGGCCGACCCCACAAAGAGCAACCUCAAGCGAUCAAGCACCGAGAGGGACGGCGGUCAGGAUUCUAAGCGACUCAAGACCAACGGAGACGCCGGCGCAAACAUGGAUGCUGUCCCGAACCCGUAUCUGGCGCACCUCGACGACGGCGCCCAGGAUGGCUCCAGCUUCAAGUCGCCUCUCGACCGGUUCGAGCGCCACAAGACGACGGCAAAACAGGCCGCAGAGGCGGAGGACUCGGACAUCAACCCGUGGACGGGCAACCCGCACUCGCAGCAGUACUUCAAGAUCCUCAAGGCCCGCCGCGAGUUGCCUGUGCACAAGCAGCGCCAGGAGUUCCUCGACAUGUACCACAGCACCCAGAUUCUCGUCUUCGUCGGCGAGACCGGUUCCGGCAAGACCACCCAGAUCCCGCAAUACGUGCUCUACGACGAACUGCCGCACAAGACCCGCAAGCUCAUUGCCUGCACACAGCCCCGCAGGGUGGCGGCCAUGUCGGUCGCCCAGCGUGUUGCCGACGAGCUCGACGUGACGCUCGGCGAGGAGGUCGGCUACAGCAUCCGCUUCGAGAACAAGACAGGCCCCAAGACGCUGCUCAAGUACAUGACGGACGGUCAGCUCUUGCGCGAGGCCAUGCACGACCAUGACAUGUCGCGCUACGGCUGCAUCAUCCUCGACGAAGCCCACGAGCGCACCCUCGCCACCGACAUCCUGAUGGCGCUGCUCAAGCAGAUUGCCGAACGGAGGAAAGACCUGAAGAUCAUCGUCAUGUCGGCCACCCUCGACGCCCAAAAGUUCCAGACCUAUUUCUUCAACGCGCCGCGGCUCGCCGUGCCGGGCCGGACGCACCCCGUCGAGAUCUUCUACACCCCUGAGCCGGAGCGCGAUUACGUCGAGGCUGCAGUCAGGACCGUGCUGCAGAUCCAUGCGAGCGAGCCCGAGGGCGACAUCCUGCUGUUCUUGACGGGCGAAGAGGAGAUCGAGGACGCCUGCCGGCGUAUCAGCCUCGAAGUGGACGACAUGAUUCGGGAGUCGGACGCAGGGCCGAUGGCGGUCUACCCCCUCUAUGGUACCUUGCCGCCACACCAACAGCAGCGCAUUUUCGACAAAGCCCCGGCGCCCUUCCGCAAGGGCGGUCGACCCGGUCGAAAGUGCAUUGUUGCGACGAACAUCGCCGAGACCAGUUUGACAAUCGACGGCAUCGUGUAUGUCGUGGACCCCGGCUUCAGCAAGCAGAAGAUCUACAACCCCCGUACCAGGGUGGAGUCGCUGCUGGUAUCCCCCAUCUCCAAGGCAUCGGCUCAGCAGCGUGCUGGUCGUGCCGGUCGGACGCGGCCCGGUAAAUGCUUCCGAUUAUACACCGAGAAGGCGUUUAAGGAGGAGCUUAUUGAGCAAACGUACCCGGAAAUUCUGCGGUCCAACCUGGCCAACACGGUCCUCGAGCUGAAGAAGCUCGGCGUCGAAGACCUCGUGCACUUCGACCUCAUGGACCCGCCAGCCCCCGAGACCAUGAUGCGCGCCUUGGAAGAGCUCAACUACCUCGCCUGCCUGGACGACGACGGCGAGUUGACCCCGCUGGGCAGCCUGGCAUCCGAGUUCCCGCUCGAUCCGGCCCUCGCCGUCAUGCUCAUCUCAUCCCCCGAGUUUUACUGCUCCAACGAGAUCCUCUCCAUCACCUCCCUCCUCUCCGUGCCCCAGAUUUGGGUGCGGCCCAUCAACGCGCGCAAGCGCGCCGACGAGAUGAAGCAGCAGUUCGCGCAUCCCGACGGCGACCACCUGACGCUCCUCAACGCCUACCACGCCUACAAGGGCGCGGAGCAGGCGGGCGAGGACGUCAAGAAGUGGUGCCACGAGCACUUCCUGUCAUUCCGGCACCUGUCGAGCGCCGACAACGUGCGCGCGCAGCUCAAGCGCAUCAUGGAGACGCACGGCAUCGAGCUGGUCAGCACGCCGUUCCAUAACAAGGAGUACUACACCAACAUCCGGCGGGCGCUGCUCGCCGGCUUUUUCAUGCAGGUCGCCAUGCGCGAGAGCAGCAACUCCAAGGUGUACAAGACGGUCAAGGACAACCAGCUCGUCAUGAUCCACCCCAGCACCGUCAUCACGACCCCCUACGACUGGGUCGUCUACAACGAGUUCGUGCUCACCACCAAGCAGUACGUUAGGACCGUGACGAAUAUCAGGCCCGAGUGGCUUCUUGAAAUUGCCCCAGUUUACUACGAUCUCGAGACCUUCGAGAAGGGCGAGAUCAAGUCGGCUUUGACGCGUGUCGCCGAGAAGAUCCGCCGCCGCCAGGUCUUGAAGGGCGGCCAGUAACUGUUUGUUGAGGUUAUGGUGCCCGCAACCGCCGGGCAUAUGGAUGGUGAAAGGCAAGGGAUUAAGCGUGAUCAGGUCAUUUCCGGCGCAGCCAGAUGGGGUUUAUGCGACUUGAUGUAUCACUAGACUUGGUAGACUUGGUGCGACUCGCGGCCUCCUGCAGGUCUGGAAGGGAAAUUCCGAUGCGGUUGGCUCCACCAGUGGUCUACAACCUCGCGGUGCACUGCAAUAUGAAGUGUUGAUAUCUACCUACCUAGGUACCUCAUCUU